CCGCAAGCAAAACAGGGUCCAGCUGAAGCUCCAAUCAAGUUUAAUUAGGCUACGGAUUGUGAGCCUUUCUUUUUCUCCUGAAGUUAUCCAAGCGGAGUGAUUUACGCAUGCGUUUUCCGUCACAAUGGUCAAUCCAGGUCACGCCAGUAAAGGAUGCACCACCUGCAAAUUGAGGCGGAUUCGAUGCGACUAUGGCCGCCCAUUUUGCUUGCAUUGCAUCAAGUCUAAACGGAUUUGCCUGGCCUACAAUGUCCGGAAGAAACAAACGAUGAUGUCUCACGAAAACAUUGAUUAUGACAAUGUCGCUCCAAACAUACAUCCUCCAGCUGCUACGUCCCAGUUGACUGUAUCAUACCCUCUAUCACGCCCAAAUCAUUUAAGGGCAAAUUACGGCGCGUCCCAAUCAAAUAUUGGCUUCUAUCCCUAUAGACUAGUCUCUACCUACGGCGGAAAAGGUAUCCAUCGACUCGUCUGGGACGACUGUGAUAAUGAAUCAGUAGCUGGCAGAGAACAUCUUGCCAUGGCAAUAUGGUCUAUCCUAGAGACAUUAAAUAAAUCCUUUCACUCACUUCGGCGGCCUAUUCAAACUAUAGAGGCGCGAAAAGACUUACUUAAAAAGUACGGCUCCGCUACACGGCAGCUCAGAGAGGCUCUUACUCUUUGGCCAUCUUCAUCGGUCUUAUUAAUUCCAAUUUUCCAUUUCUCCCUAUAUGAAAUGAUCGUCAACCUAAAUUCGGAAGACAGAACUUGGCAGACCCAUCUUAGUGGCCUGUUAAUUAUACUCCAACGAAUACCGUACAACACUACAAAAUUUACCUUGACUAAAGCAAUAGAGAUUACAGAUUUAGUAACUGAUGUUAAUAAAGCCCUGGUAUCAUCAACUACAGGCGGCCUAGAAAGAGCGUCCUUGCUGUUGGAUAUUGUUGAGCUUCAGCUUCGUGAGUUGGUUACCGAGAUGGAUGCUAUUGCGAGCAAUUCACCACCGCCUCUGCGAAAACUGGACAUAAAGAAGCUGCAAGUGUCGAUUAAGCGUAUUUGCAAUCAAUUAGAUCUAUUUCCGACCGUGGUUCGCGAUAGCAUCCGUUCCACAACGGCUCCAAUUAGCCUAGGCAACCAGCCGGAUAAAGGGUGUCAAAAUAUUCUUACAAAUGACUUGGUUGUGAUGCAAUGGGUAGUGUUUUAUACCCUGCAAAUCAUGACAUCUGCAGUGCUUCUGAAGAUUGGUAGCUUCCUCUACUCAGAUGCGACUUAUCGCUGCAAAAGAGAAUUCGCAGUAUUAUCUCAUAUCAUACAAGGAGCGGCUGAGGGGAUAUGCUCUAUUACCACUUCCUAUAUUGGGUUGAGCACCCAGACAGCGUCAUAUCGCCUUGCAAUGCCACAUAUAAAAACGACGCAAGCUCUAAUUUUCAUAUGGCCUUUGUUUUGUGUCUCUAAAGCUCCUGGCCUGAUAGAUCUGCAAAGGAAUUGGGCUAGAGAAGUACUCUGGGCUAUUGGAGAACAAUGCUCGAUCCCUAAAGCAAUGGCAUUAGUAAGCUGGCCUUCAAUCAAACAAUUGGUGCCUCUCUUUACUCUUGAAGGGACUCUGAUUUAGCUACUUAGGCAUGUUCAAGCGGAGAAAAUAUCGGGCAAUCCGACAUCUUAGCAGGGAUACUGCUUGUUAGCCUCUCACUCAUCUUACCAAAUCCCAUGUUCAUUUAGGGAGGUAGCGCGACUACAUUCCUAUUGCUAAAAGCCAUUUCAAAAUCACAUCAGCAUGGUAUUUCGUCGGCUACAUCGCAGUAUAGACUAUCAACUGGCCUUGUCUAGCUAUCAAAUAAGCAUCAAUAGAAUCUGAUUGUAGCUGGUCGUUUGGUAGUUCGCAUUUACGAGACUGUUAUUAGAGAUGCUUACA